UAAAAUGGAUUCUAUCUUGGGCAGCGCCUGUGGCUCAGUAGGUAGGAUGCUGGCCCCAUAUACUGAGGGUGGUUGGUUCGAACGCCGCCCCGGCCAGCUAAAACAGCAGUGAUAACUGCAACAAAAAAUAGCUGGGCGUUGUAGCGGGCGCCUGUAGUCCCAGCUACUCUGGAGGCUGAGGCAAAAGAAUCACCUAAACCCAGGAGUUUGAAGUUGCUGUGAGCUGUGACACCACCACACUCUACUGAGGGCAACAAAGUAAGACUCAGAAUCCUUUUUUUUGAGACAACCACCUAUCUUCAGCCUGCAGAGUCAGUGUCAGUAGACUAUUCAUCAGAUCUUCCUCCUCUGUGACUUGGAGGAACCUGAAACCCUGGGGUAGGGUUAAAUCGGAGAGGUAGAGUUGAACUGGGAGACCUGUGCUCAGAGCAGUCAUGCUGCCCUGGAGCUGAAGGACUUGUGGAAUAUCAGAGCUGGAAGGGACUUUGGGGUUCACUCACUCCACAACUCUCUCAUUAAUACCCAUGAGAAAACAAAGAGCCCAGAAAGAGAGAGAGCUGACCCAAGUCACACAGCCAGAGAAGGAAGCAGGCUGGAACCCAAGUCAUCUGUCCCCCUUUGCUGACUGUGCUCCAUGUGUUUCCCUCCCUAAGAGGUACAAAAGACUCAAGAUACAUGGGAGCAGGACAGUGAAGCCAUUUCCCUCUGGGCCUCUGGUUCUUCUUCUGUUAAAUGGGAAUAAUUAUAUUUCCCUGUCAAUAUACCCACUUUUCUUGAAGCCUGAGUGAGUGACUAGAGGGGAAAUGACAGCAGCAGCAGAACUGUCUGCUUGUGCAGCAGGACCCCAGAGUGGAGGAGGUGAGGGUGGGGCCGUGCAGAUGGGCUCCAAAGACGUGGGUUCACCUUGUCAUCCUCCCCAGGUGGGGCCCGGCCCAAGUUGCCAUGGAUACUGUGUCCCUGGAGCAUCAGAUUCAGAGCGUGCAACGCCACAUCAGCUUCCUGAAAAAGGAGCAGAUGGCCCUGCUGCGGGACCUGCACCUGGAAAUCCUGAGGCUGCAGAAACGCUGCUCAGAGGAGGCGUCGCGGGAGCUGGAGAGCAAGUGCCGAGCACUGGAGUCGCAGCUGGCGGCGCGGGCCGCGGCCAACGCGGAGCUGCGGCGGGAGGUGGCGCAGCGAGAGGCGCUGGUGUCUGCGCUGCGCUGCAGCCUGCGCACCGAGGAGCGCCGCUUCCUGGAAGAGCUGCGUCGCCGCAGCCACCGCGCCACGGUGCUGGGCACCGAGCUGCAGAAGCACACCGAAGCAGCCGCCUACCUCUCCUGUCAGCUGCACGCGGCGCGCCAGAGACUGCAGGCCCCGCGCGCAGGCCCGGGCGCCGCCGCCGAGCCCCGACCCCGCCGGCGCUCACAGCGAGCCCGCCGCCCGCCCGCCGAGGCCGCGGCCAAGGGCCCGGGCCGGGACUGGGCCGCCUGGGACCGCGCGGCCUGCGCCCUGGACGACGUCGACCCCAUGCCCGACCCCGCGCUCUUCCUCUACGCCCGGAGGCCCCCGCGGCCUGGCAGCCGCAGCCUGCGCCAGCCGCCUCCCCAGGACCCCCCAGACCAAGCCGGCCCGCAGCCCGCGUCCUGCCAGAGUCCGCCUCCAGCUCCCGGGGACUCAGAAUAGGCGGGGAGGCGGCUGGGGGCCGUGAGAAGAAGGCCGUCUGGGGCCCGGCUAGGGACGCACUCCGGCCCCACAGGCAGGUCCCGGGGGCGGGGGGCAGCCGCCCCUCCUCCAGGAAAAAGGCCGAGACGGCCCCAGCGCCCCCACCCGCCCCCGCCGACCCCCGCCUUUUGCAUUUCCCGGCGUUUCCGAAGCUUGGAGCUCUCCCCUCCAGCGAGGGAGCUCCUCUGCGGGGCUGAGCUAUUGCAUCUGUUUUGUGGAGAGGACUCGCAUUACCGAUCCUUAUCUGAUCCCCACUCUGCCGCCAGGAGGGGAAAGAGUAGGGGUCACUCCCCACCCUGGGAAAGCUGACAAUCCUUAGGCGGAGGGAAAAGGCUGGACUGGCCUACCGAAAGGAACGCAGAGUGGUCCUUGGCACCCCGAGGCCUUCCAGCUUCCCUCUUCCCUAGCCCCGCACGGACGCCCUUCCCGCGGAGUCGUCUUCCUCCGAGGACAGGCUCAGCUAGGGAACGGUCCUUUUACUGGAAAGCCGUGUCCCCCUACCCCUAUCCUGCCGAUAGGUCUUUGCAGGUGAGCACGGAACACUUUAGAAGACACGUCCUCCCAGAGCUCCUGGUGGGGAAAGGCGGCCUGACGGAAAUUUAACUUUUGGAAGAUAGCAUUUCAUAGACCCUUAGGAUUCCAGGAGGGGUUUGGUGGCAGAACCUGGUCUGUUGUUGUCGCUGGCUCAGUUCUUCCUGUGUCUACCACACUCCGUUGUAGUGCGGGAGACUAGAAGUGUUGGGGAGGUGAGGCGGGUCAGGCUUGUGAAGGGCAGAAACUGCCUUUCCCUCAGGGGGUAGCUGGGAGUCAGGAAGCCGCCCCAGGAGUUUUCCUAAGGCUGUUUAUUGGUGCUAAUCUUGCCCAGUUUCCUAAUCAUCUGGUUGUAUCCAGAGGUGGGAAGAAAGAGGACCUGGCACCUUGGAAGUGGCAGCUAUUGACAGAAGUUUGGGUUUUCUGGGGGUUAAAGUUAGGUUUGUCCCCAACCUGGGCCCCGUCCAGGGAUGCCCCAAGCCUGUUAUAAUCUCACAGUGGUGGAGUGUUCUGUGUCCUCUCUAGAUUGGAGAGAGGUAACAUGGAAAGGGGGACACCCCACCUCCUAAGUCCCUUUCUCCCCACCUCCCUUCCCACUACCGAAGGCAGGAGGUGCAGUUUCUUUUAGGCUCGCUGCCCUCCCCACCAAGGAAAGAAACACAACCCGGAGAGCCGCCAUGCCAUUUCCCCUGUGUUGGUCAAGUCCUAAGUGCCUGUGAGGUCUAGGGGCUGGCAGGGAGGAGGGAGUGGGGAAAGGAGAGGACUUUACCCCACCCCCAGCCACCCCUGCCCUGGCUGAGGCCACACAUUCUAUGUGUCACCCGGGUCUGGGAGGCAGAGUCAAGCUCUAGGGAUGAGGACCUCUUCUCCCAUUACAGCCCCCAUAAAGAAGAGGUGGAAAUCCCCAAUCAUGUCCUGUCUCACUCCCUAAGUUAGAGGGAGCAGGAAAUUGGCAAGACACACAAACUAGGGAGCAUACUUCCAGCCCCAUUAGACAUGCAGCCCCCUCCCAGCUGACCCCACUCAGGACUGCCGAGACCACUGAGCAAUAACCAGGCCUGGUCUGGGGUGUCCAGCUCCUGGCGUUCAGCUGGCUGAGAUGGGGGCACCCUUGGGACAGAUAGUGCUCUCCAGUCUUAACUUGGGCCAUGAUAGUGGCCUGGGGUCCUUUCUCUGACUGCCCCUGCCUCUACCCCACAUCAUCUGGCUGUGCCUGUAUCAUCUCUGUCCCUCCAGAGCGUGUGUGACUCACAACCCCUAUUCUGUCACCCUCCUUCUCAGAACCUGUCUGUGUGGGGAAGCCUCACUCCUCUCCCCUGGAAGUGCCCAAGGAACUGUGGGAGAGGGGGAAAAGUCUCCAGAGGAGCCCAGCCCUUAUCUCUCACAACCACACUUUUGGGGUGAACGGGGUGACUGUUGUGUUGAUUCUUCUGCAGAGAGGGUGAAAUACUUUAUCUGCCACCUACCCACUGAAAGCCAUAGCUCUGUCCGCCUGGCCUCCCCCCAGCUCAAUAGCAAUAGCCCUCCUCCCCCUUCCCUCCUGGGUACCCAGGGAGUGCAGCCAGAGACCCCACUACACCCCAGCCCAGGGAGCCUUGGGUGACCUACCUGCCUCCCAAUUCCUUUCCCUCUUCUAGCAAUCAGAGAUAAUGACACUUAAUUGUUUGUGGGGCGCUUGCAGAUCACCUAGAUGAAAGUUCUGAGUGCUGGGGUGGCUGACUCACUGUGUCACAGCCAAGGUGACGGGGGCGUCUGGGAAAGGAAAUAAGGCAACCUGGGGGAAGGGCCCAGCCAGAUACAGGGUUCCAAAUUUAAUGGGAAUUCCUCUUCCCUCACCUUCUCCCAGAAAUAAUGAAUCCCGCACCCUCUUGCUCCGAGUUUGGAACAAGAACCCUCGGGGCAGCAAGAUGGGACUUAGGAGCUAGAGCCGGCCUCAGAUGCCCAAAACUCCUCAGCCUCAGGGCCUGAGAGAAGCCCCACCCUCCUGGACCUGGCCUGAGGGGCCAAAGGAAAGCCUUCCUCUCCCUGCCCAUAGAGUGUCUGGGUGACUAAGAAGGGAAAGGUUUGUUUUUUCUCUUCUCUGCUCCAGGAAUACCUGUGGGAGAGUGUAGACAGGGACUCUCAGUGUCCCUUGGGGGAGCUCCUGCCACACCCCAAGUGUGGGCAGGUCCAGGAAGCAGAACUGCAAGUGGGGACCUCUCCCUGACCCGGAAGUCAGCCAGGGACCAUGGGGAAUGCAGUGUGAGGUUCUGUACCCUUGCCCCCACAUCUUACCCACCGUAACCUGAAGACCAGGGCCAGAAUGGGUUAGCCUUUCCCCACGCAAGCAGCAGAAUAGAGUCCUCCCUGGUGGAAAGGAAGGAGGCCAAGAGAGGGUGCAGUGGCAUCUCCUGAGUGUGAUGAGGAGAGCCAGGGUCUCUAUGCACCCACUUGGGGACCUGCUGGCCUUCAAUGGAGGAAACACCUAGCAGGAGCCCCAGGCGCAGGGCAGAGGGUUCCUGCUCUAAAAUCUCUGUUGGCUGUGCUUUUUAAUCCAAUGCUUUUCAGAGUUACUCACCCACAGAAAUAGAGCUCUGUGCUUUAGGGGUGACUGUCAUAUGCCUUAUUCUUAAUAAAAUCUCU